AAAGAAAGACUCAGGGUGGGGAAAGAUGAAGGGAACACAUGAGAGCUGUCCUCAAGUAUUGGGAGGGACCUGGGUAAAGGAGGGACUUAUCCCAGACAACAGCUAGAACCAAGAGCAGCAGUAGAGGGCAGUUGGAAGCCGAUUCAGGCUCGAUUUCAGGGAGGUUCUUUCUCACCCGUGGAGAGGAGGGAGCAGGGUCCUCCUCGCGCAAUCUUCAGACAAAGGCUGGACAACCCUCUCUCAAGAACACUGCGGGAGAGUGCAUUUUCCAUGUGCAGACUGUGGUAGGGUGCCUCAGCGGUUGAUCCAACUGAGAUUCUGUGAUUCUGUGAAAAAACAACCACCUCGACAUCCGCUGAAAGGGGCUUUCCCUUGUGAAGGAGGAAGGGUUUUUGGCGUCCUGAGCUCUCAGUGCAGGCAGAGGCUGUGGAACAGAGGGAGGCAGGAAGAUGACUGGCUGGCAUCGGUACCUGUGGAGGCCCGUGACGCUCCUCUGCCUCCUCGCUGCCCAGCUGCGCCCUGCCUCUCUGCACCAGUGUGGCAAGUACUCUUACAGCGUAGCUGGCAAGUGCUGCCAGUACUGCAAACCCGGUUUUGAGAUGGCAAGUCGCUGUACCGAUAAAGAGGACACACAGUGCAAACCCUGUGCCAAGAGGCUCUUCAAUGAAGGAUUCAGCAAUGACUUCUGCCAGCCCUGCACUCAGUGCAAUGUCGGGAGCGGCAGCCAGGUCCUCAAGAAUUGCACAGCGUCCAGUGACACCAUGUGUCAAUGCACCCCAGGGACCCAGCCCGUUGAAACCUUCAAGUGGGGAGUGGAAUGUUCCCGUUGUCCCCCAGGACACUUUUCCCUGGGAGAAAACACCAUGUGUAAACUGUGGACCAACUGCACGGCCAUAGGCAAACGUACCCUGCGAGCCGGUAGCCCCAGGGCCGAUGCUGACUGUGAGGAUGCCAGGACGCCAGGGCCACCCCGAAGCCCUCCAACAUCUGCCUGGACCACGACCACCAGCUCCUCCUCCACAGUGCACUUGAGGGUCACUACACAGAGUCUAGGAGUGCUGAGCACCCUACAGUCCCUCCCUGACAAGCCCUGGUCCCCAUUUGCCGUCAUCUUCCUGGUGCUCCUUCUGCUCUUGGUGUUUGGCCUGGUUAUGUUGGUAUUCGGUAUCUACUUGUCCAAGAGGGACAAGAGGCAGUUGCCUGCAAUUUGGAAGCCCCCUGGUACACACAGUUUCCGGAUGCCCAUCCAAGAGGAACACCAGUCCAGCCUAGCCAAGGUCUGAGGCCGUGGAGACCACAGACAGUGGCCAUCCUUCCUUCCCUCCCUCCUUCCCUCCCUCCCUCCAUUGACUGGACCUGCUAUCGGAAGGCUGGGGGCCUCAGGGGGCUCUCUCCAUCCAGCUUUUUCUCCUACCCUACCCUCAGGUCCAAGCUACUUUUCUAGCAGCCCAGACUAGAUCCCACGGGGGUUAUUAGGGUUUCCUCUGUACCUCUUUCUGAAGGCAACCAUUGGGGUCCGUUGUAUCUAGAAGCUCAUCUGAGUUCUAGGGGGCCUGCAUUUCACAGCAAGUAUACAGGCUUAGCCAGUACAAAUCCCCAGCAUCUGAGAGUUGGAAGGAAGCUCCACGACUGUCUUGUCUAAUCUACACCCAGAGAAGCCCUACUCUAACAUGCCCAAUGAGUGGUCAUCUGGCCUCUGCUUGAAAGCCAGGCCUAGCUCGCAUUGGUCAGUGGUUCUUCGCCCAGUGGAAGGAGCAUGCGGUCUGGCGUCAGGGAUCCCGGCUCUCCCACUUGUACUCUGUGGUCUUAGGCAAGUCCCUUGGGCUUUCUAGGUCCCAGCUUCCUCUUUUCCAAAAUGAGGGGGUUGGAUCAGAUGAUCUCGAAGGUUCCUUCUAGCUCUGUCCUUUUAAUGAGUGUUUAACCAUUUUUCAAAAACACAGACACAGGGCUUCUCACACAGAAAGAUUCUCAGGGACAGAAAUCUAGAUGACCCAGGGCCUAAAGAAGGUUAGGUGGCCAGAGAUCAUCCUGCCCCCUUUCAUCUUUCCACAUCUUUAGUUCUCCCACCAAAAUGAGCCCCAAGGCCAGCAUCUCUGCUUCUGUCUUUUCCGGUCCGGGUGUAGAUGCCUUUCGUGGCCCCAUCCUCUCUGCUGGCCUAGCAGCAACGCUGGCCCAGAAUGGGUGCAUUUCUGGCUCCCAUCCUCUUCCUCCUUCUUCUGUUGCCGUGUUCCCCAAAGUCUGGGCCUAAGCCCUGCUGUUGAUCCCCAUUCCCACAUUCCCACUCUUGGUCCUCCCCUCCUCCCCCCCUCCCCUUCAAAAAAAUUGAGAAAUUCCUGGUCAUUAUUCUUUGGGCAUUGUUCCACUCUCCAGACAUAGCACCCGCCUCCUUCCCUUGGACCUACCCCCAUAGCGAGUCUCUAACCCUCUGUCUCCCAUCACUCCCCACUAUGGCUGGUCACUCUCCAGCCUUCCCUCCCUCUUCCCCAUUUCUGGACAUAACCCCCACUCUCGAUGAUAGCAGAGUGCAGAGCUGCUGGGGGUGGGGUAGGGGGACCAAAUAGUGCAGGCUUGUCUGCCCUGAAUAUUCACCCCUAUGGGGUGUCCUGGCCUGUGGCUGGAGCCUUGGGGGGGCCUCUGGGCCCCUUUCCAGUGAGCUGAGCUUACCCCUCUGUGGCAGAGCCAUGAAAGACAGGGGCAGCCAUCACAUAGCAGUGCUGACUCUGGAGUCGGAGCUUCUGUAUGUGGUUUAUUGUAUAACCUCUUGGACUGGUAAGCUAGCCUGGAAACUGAGGAGGGCCUGGGGGCUGUUUGGCUAGCUUGA